UCAUCAAUUCUCGCGACAUUUAUCGGCAGCCAUCUUCUUGGGGGUGCUGGGAGCCGGGAAGACCCCCCGAAUCGUUCCCAUUCAGCUGCCCUUCGUUUUCGCUUUCUUCACUUUUUCCUCUCCUGCGUUGCCAGCAAGCACCUGGUUUCAGGGCUGAGGGCAAGCCCGUGUCUAGGCGCGUGUCGCGCUCUGGUCCAGGAAGAUUCGCUGGGGUGAAGGGAAGGGGGAGGGCCUGGGCAAACCGUUGCUGCCUCAGCCGGGGCCGGGGUCCGGGGAGGGGAGCUCUUGGCACCCCGUGGACUCGCGGCCUACGGCGGUCCCCGUGAAGCUGUUCGCCGAUCCGGGCUCGCGGGAACCUGCCACCGGCGCCUCCCACCGCGGCCCACGCGGGCGGCGCGCGGAGUAGGGGGCGGGGGCAGCGGCGGCUGUAGCGGCCGCGACCUGGGCGGGCGGAGGAGUGUGACGGGCCUCGGGGCCGCUGUGGAUGGUUUCUAAAAUGAUCAUUGAAAACUUCGAGGCACUCAAGUCCUGGCUCAGCAAGACUCUCGAGCCCAUCUGUGAUGCAGAUCCAUCAGCCCUGGCAAAGUAUGUUCUUGCUUUGGUAAAGAAAGACAAAAGUGAAAAAGAGUUAAAGGCAUUAUGUAUUGAUCAACUGGAUGUAUUUCUUCAAAAAGAGACACAGAUAUUUGUGGAAAAACUUUUUGAUGCUGUGAAUACAAAGAGUUAUCUACCUCCUCCAGAGCAGCCAUCAUCAGGAAGCUUAAAGGUAGAAUUUUUUCAGCACCAAGAAAAAGAUAUAAAAAAAGAAGAGAUCACAAAGGAGGAAGAGCGAGAGAAGAAGUUUUCUAGAAGGCUAAAUCACAGUCCUCCUCAGUCAAGCUCCCGAUACAGAGAAAAUAGAAGUCGUGAUGAGAGGAAAAAAGAUGAUCGUUCUCGCAAAAGAGAUUAUGAUCGAAACCCCCCUCGAAGAGAUUCAUACAGAGACCGGUACAACAGAAGACGAGGACGAAGUCGCAGUUACAGCAGGAGUCGGAGUCGAAGUUGGAGUAAAGAGAGGCUUCGUGACAGAGAUAGGGAUAGAAGCAGGACUAGAAGCAGAAGCAGGACACGAAGCAGGGAAAGGGAUCUGGUAAAACCUAAAUAUGACCUGGAUAGAGCAGAUCCAUUAGAAAACAAUUAUACUCCAGUCUCUUCGGUACCUAAUAUUUCAUCUGGCCACUACCCUGUACCUACUUUGAGCAGCACUAUUACAGUAAUUGCUCCUACUCAUCAUGGUAAUAACACUACCGAAAGUUGGUCUGAAUUUCAUGAGGACCAGGUGGACCAUAAUUCAUACGUAAGACCACCAAUGCCAAAGAAACGGUGUAGAGACUAUGAUGAAAAGGGUUUCUGUAUGAGAGGAGACAUGUGCCCUUUUGAUCAUGGAAGUGACCCAGUAGUUGUAGAAGAUGUCAAUCUUCCUGGUAUGCUGCCUUUCCCAGCACAGCCUCCUGUUGUUGAAGGACCACCUCCUCCUGGACUCCCUCCACCACCACCAAUUCUUACACCCCCACCUGUGAAUCUGAGACCCCCUGUGCCACCGCCAGGCCCAUUACCACCCAGUCUACCACCUGUCACAGGACCACCACCUCCACUUCCUCCUUUGCAACCGUCUGGCAUGGAUGCACCCCCAAACUCUGCAACCAGCUCUGUUCCUACUGUGGUAACAACUGGCAUUCAUCACCAGCCGCCUCCUGCUCCUCCCUCUCUUUUCACUGCAGAUACAUAUGACACAGACGGCUACAAUCCUGAAGCCCCAAGCAUAACAAACACUUCCAGACCAAUGUAUAGACACAGAGUGCAUGCACAAAGGCCCAACUUGAUAGGGCUCACAUCAGGGGAUAUGGAUUUGCCACCCAGAGAAAAGCCUCCUAAUAAAAGCAGUAUGAGGAUAGUAGUGGAUUCAGAGUCAAGGAAAAGAACCAUUGGUUCUGGGGAGCCUGGAGUUCCUACAAAGAAGACUUGGUUUGAUAAACCAAAUUUUAAUAGAACAAACAGCCCAGGCUUCCAGAAAAAGGUUCAGUUUGGAAAUGAAAAUACGAAACUUGAACUUAGGAAAGUUCCUCCAGAAUUAAAUAAUAUCAGCAAACUUAAUGAGCAUUUUAGUCGAUUUGGAACCUUGGUUAACUUGCAGGUUGCCUAUAAUGGGGAUCCUGAAGGUGCCCUUAUCCAAUUUGCAACAUAUGAAGAAGCAAAGAAAGCUAUAUCAAGUACAGAAGCAGUGCUAAAUAAUCGAUUUAUUAAAGUUUACUGGCACAGAGAAGGAAGCACCCAGCAAUUGCAAACUACUUCUCCAAAGGUGAUGCAGCCUUUAGUUCAGCAGCCCAUCUUGCCUGUUGUGAAGCAGUCAGUCAAAGAGCGGUUGGGUCCAGUACCUUCAAGUACUAUUGAACCAGCAGAAGCCCAGAGUGCCAGUUCAGACCUUCCUCAGGUGUUGUCUACAUCUACUGGCCUAACAAAAACGGUGUAUAAUCCAGCUGCUUUGAAGGCUGCACAAAAAACGUUACUUGUUUCCACUUCUGCAGUUGAUAAUAAUGAAGCACAGAAAAAAAAGCAGGAGGCACUGAAACUUCAGCAAGAUGUAAGGAAAAGGAAACAAGAAAUUUUAGAAAAGCACAUUGAAACACAGAAGAUGUUAAUUUCAAAACUGGAGAAAAACAAAGCAAUGAAGUCUGAAGAUAAAGCAGAAAUAAUGAAAACUUUAGAGGUUUUGACUAAAAAUAUUACGAAGUUGAAAGAUGAGGUCAAAGCUGCUUCUCCUGGACGCUGUCUUCCAAAAAGUAUAAAAACUAAGACUCAGAUGCAGAAAGAGUUGCUUGACACAGAACUGGAUUUAUAUAAGAAGAUGCAAGCUGGAGAAGAAGUCACUGAACUUAGGAGAAAGUACACAGAAUUACAGCUGGAGGCUGCAAAGCGAGGGAUUCUUUCAUCUGGUCGUGGUAGAGGAGUUCAUUCAAGAGGUCGAGGUGCAGCUCACGGCCGAGGCAGGGGUCGAGGCCGAGGUCGAGGUGUGCCUGGUCAUGCUGUGGUGGAUCACCGUCCCAGGGCAUUGGAGAUUUCUGCAUUUACAGAGAGUGAUAGAGAAGAUCUUCUUCCUCACUUUGCGCAAUAUGGUGAAAUUGAAGAUUGUCAGAUUGAUGACUCUUCACUACAUGCAGUAAUUACAUUCAAGACACGAGCAGAAGCUGAAGCAGCUGCAGUUCAUGGAGCUCGUUUCAAAGGGCAGGAUCUAAAGCUGGCAUGGAAUAAGCCAAUAACUAAUAUUUCAGCUGUUGAAACAGAAGAAGUUGAACCUGAUGAAGAGGAAUUUCAGGAAGAGUCUUUGGUGGAUGAUUCAUUACUUCAAGAUGAUGAUGAAGAAGAAGAGGACAAUGAAUCUCGUUCUUGGAGAAGAUGAUUUGACUGAUCAUUGAUCUGCAUAUGAUAGAACUCUACCUGUGUUUCAUUAGUAUUAUCUAAUGUACUUUUACAUAUUUGUAAAAACAAUUUUUGGUAAAAUGUGAUGAAGAUGGAUUUCACAAAUAGACAAAAGAGAAGAAAACUACCUUCUGAAUCCUGUAUUUUGAAAGAUUGAUGUUUGCAUUUUAUUUCAGUAAACAAUUGGUAAAGACAUCACACUAGAAACAUAUGCAAUGUUUUUAUUACAUACUUACUGAACAUUACAGAAUUCUUUGGGUUCUUUGUAAUUUAAUGAAUCGGUCUGAAGACUUAAUGACCAAUACUUGUUAUAACUUAGAGAAUUUUGUUUUACUCCAAAUAAGGAAUGAAUUUGCAUUUAAAAUCUUAAUGAAUGUUUUCAAAAAAUGAAUAGAUAACAUAGUACUCUUUAACUAAAGUCUCCAAGUUAUGUAUUCAUAAUAUUACAUAGUAGUAUGCUUAGGCUUUACUAUGUAUUAGCCUUUUGUUGGACUUGUGUAUGUAUUUUACCAUAUGGGUUUUAAUGAUAACGGUGUAUGACUGCUUUGCAUUUGAGUCCUUAUGCAUUCAGAUGUUAAAAAAUAAAGUGGAAUGGUCUCUUGAAAAGAAAAGAAAAGAAAAAAAGCAAUGACAAAAAAAAAGACAAUGUUCCUUGAUUUAAAAAAAAAAAAAAAGAAAAGAAAAAGAAUUAAAUAGACCAUUCCAGAUGGUGAUCUACCCUUCUCCCCAGUUAUCACAAAAGGAGCUAUAAUCACUAACUUAUUCUUAAUAAUGGUUACUGGUACCUUUACAAUAAUGUACAAUCCAUUGUUUAAAAUUUAUACCACUUCAGUUUGGUUUGAUCCUAUAAACUUUCAACAGAUGUCUUAAAAUUUAAAAGCAGGCUGAUUAGUUUGGAACCAGACUUCAAGUAGAGAUAACAUUUGGUGAAUAAGAAAACAUCACAUUACAUUUUGGAUGUAUGAAAGAAAACUUGACCAUUUGAAGAUGUAUGAAUAAAGAAAUGUACUAUAGAUACUACUUUAGGAAAGCACUGUUUGGUAAGUGUUCCAGUCUGAUAUUUUAAGUGUGCAUUUCCUAUACUUCUAUAAAAAAAAAAAAUCUUUGACAUUUGCAACAAUAUUGUGAUUUUUAAGUGGACUUCUCUGACAACAUGAUCUUUGAAAGUUGAUACAGCAGUUUCCAGGAAAUAAAUGCGUUCUUUGUAGAAUGGAGGGUGGGAGAUUACAUAUUUAUCUUUUAAAUUUAUCCUUUUGGUUGCAAGUAUUUCUGCCCCUUCUGAGAUUACAGUGAUUAUAUUGAAAAUCACACACAAAAAAACUUUUCUUCCCAUGCUGGGGUCCUCACAGUCACAAACUGUAGUUUCACCACCAUAGUCUUUUGCCAGUGGAGUAGCUCAUGGAUGCUGUUCCUCUUUUUCUUUUCUUCCUCCACUUAAAGUUGUAUAUAUACUCCCAAUGGUAGUUCUGUUUCAUAGGAACGUUUUGGCUUGCAGUUGAUGCACACCUUUAUAUUUAAAAUUUCACAGUCAGAUUUCUUUUGUCAAAAUAGUGACUUUACUCAACUUCUCUACUAUACUUAGAGCUGUGAUAUAUUUUUAUGUAUAGUCUCUUGUAUGUUGACUAUGUGCUAUUCUGAUUCAUUAGGUAAGUUUGUUUUCUUUUCUUUUUAGUAGUCGUGAAAGAUGCCAAAUUGGCAGAGGCUCACGUUUCUUCUCUUUACACCAAACAGCAGAGGGAGAUCAUCAUUGCCUGAAUUUAGCUUUGUGACUACAACAGCAAGACCUGUUCCUGUCUGGAGACGACUGUUAUAAUAAUAUGAUACUAUCACUUUAUGUUUGCCCUUUACCAGUUUGAAUAGAUGUUUACAUGUACCAUAAUUGGCAUUUUUAUUUUUCCAGUUCUUUUAGGGUACAUCUGAGUCCAGAAGUAAAUCUGAGUGUGUGCUUUGUCUGAUCUUAUACUUAAAUGUUUUCUCCCCUUUAUAGCCGUUUGUUUUUAAACAUUCUUAAGAAGGAAAAAAAAAAUCCUCUUGGUUUUCCUAACAUGAAAUGAGUUUUCAGGCUCAGCCAAGUUGAAAUUGUAUCUAGGAAAUCUAUAAAGCCAUGAUACUAUGUUCAUCAGCAUGAACAAUCUAGAAUGAUGAAAGUGAUUAAAAAGUUAAACCGUGGUUUGGCUUUAAUUUUUCUGGGCUUUAGGAUACAUUUCUGGAGUUAGGAUGGUUACUUACAGUAAUUUUGAACAAAUGGUUAAAAUAUUUUUUUCACAUGGUAAUAACUUGCCUGUUUCUUCUAAAUAUAUUUAUUGAAGUCUACGCCAAGGCCACUUACCCAAAUAAUUUUUAAAAAUUCUUAACUCUUCAAAAUCAACAAGGAGAAUAAUUUGCUUUUCAAGUAGUAUGGGAUGAUCUGUGAAUUAUAAAUAUUGAGAAAUAUCUAAUGAACGUCUGAUUUACACAGUAUUUCCUUGUUUUCUUCACUUGCAACCAAGACAUCAAAGACAAUCUUAAAAGCAAGGGGAAAUAGUGUGUGUCUAACACUGUUAAAGACUGUAGUUUUCCUGCCUUAAGAGGUGUAUGUCCGUGUUAUUUAUUUGUAAGCAAUAUGGUGUAGAAUUAUUUAUAAAGAGUGAAGUUAAAUUUUAUUCUAAAUUUUCAUCCAAAGUACCCUCUUUAUAAUGGGCACCAUAAAGUUUUCAGAACAUUAAUUUCUUAGUGUUCCUUCUUAGAUUCUCAUUAACAUUUUAGAAGUUAGAAGUUACACUUAAUUGCAACUUUUCAUUAAAAGGGUCCAAAUUAUAUUUGAUUCUCUUCACCCUUGUUUUCCUUUUGUUUUUAGUUCCAUUCAGCCAUGCUCACAUUUUCACCUUUUUGUGCAAAGUUAAGUAUUCUGCAAGCACUUUCUCUUUGCAUUUGUUGUCAGGAAAAAAAAAAAUGAAUACAUCAGACAUAAUGUAAAUUAUCUAUUUUGAUUCAUAUUAAUCAAAAACAGCAUGGUUAAUGUAGACUUGGUUUAAAGGAACAGUAAGUAUUUUGGAAAUUUUUCUUAACUAUGACCUUGUAGCCUACAAGGCAUUUUAAAAAUUAGACUUUUGUAUUAGUUCACAUUGUAAACUAACAUGUAGCCGCUGGGAAUUCGCAGAUAUUUUCCCAGGUCAGUUCAGUAUUUUUUUCUUUGUAAGGAAAGAUUCUCUGUCUGUGUAACAGUUAGAAUAGUUCUAACAUGCUGGGCUGAAAACCCAAAGAUAAUUCUCUGAAGAGACCAUACUUGCUGUUAACAGCUUUGGGUUGAUUAAUAGCUGUGGAUCACAUACCACUACUCUCUCUUAUUUUGUCAUCUUCCUUCCCCCCCCCCCCCUUGCUUUUA